ACAUCUCAAGGCCUGAACACAACAACAACAACAUUGUCUCUCCUAGGGUGUAGACAGGUCGCCCCGUCGCUGCCCAUGAUAACAGUACAACCUCCAGCAGCUACCACCAGUAUCCUGCCAUCUCCUGUUCCCAGCUGUUAACUUUAGCUGCUGAAACAACUCUCUUAACAGGAAAGGAGAAAGCUGGCCGCAGUGUUCACGAUCUUCCAGUCGCCAUCAGGAAAAGAUCCAAGUUCACGGCCCAUAUUGUUAAAGUUUGCAGACAGCCUUCACUUUUGUUACUGGAGUUUUUUCUUCCUUACAUCAGAAGAAUUGUCCUUGCAGUGCCAGCAUCCUAUGCCACAUAUAGCAUCCUUCAAGGAUUGCUACCAUCACUGUACAAUCUCUGACUAGGAACAACAACAGAAAAUACAUCACUGAAGUAGUGCAAAUGGGACAAGCAGCCAUAUUAUUGCUCAUUGUAUAUAAAGAGCAUUAGUAAAACCUAACUAUUUCUUCACAUUAGAAAUCACAACUGAAAACUAAAGUGCUUGAUUUGUGUACAACUGUAUGUAGAUAAUUGAACAAAUAAUUAACAAUGAUAAUUCAUGCAAUAAGGAAGCCAUAUCAGUGUUCAGAGUGUCUAAAAGACUAUGCUCAUAAAUCAGGUUUAAUAUCACACAUGAAAACUCACACCAGGGAAAAACCAUAUCAAUGUUCAGUGUGCCUAAAAGAGUUUGUCCAGAAUACACAUUUAGUAUCUCACAUGAGAGCUCACACUGGAGAAAAGCCGUAUCGUUGUUCAGUGUGUCGAAAAGACUUUACACAAAAAUCUUAUCUAGUAUUACACAUGAGAACUCAUACAGGAGAGAAACCAUAUCAGUGUUCAGAGUGUCUAAAAAACUUUUCUCAAAAAUCUCAUCUAGUAUCACACAUGAGAAGUCACACAGGAGAAAAACCUUAUCAUUGUUCAGAGUGUCUAAAAGGUUUUGCACAGAAAUCUGGACUAAUAACACAUAUAAAAACUCACACAGGAGAAAAACCACAUCAGUGUUCAGUAUGUUUAAAAGACUUUUCAAAAAAAGAUCACCUGACAUCUCAUAUGAGAAUUCACACUAGAGAAAAACCCUUUCCCUGUUCAAUGUGCAUAAAAGUAUUUUCAUUAAAAGGUGCUCUAGCAAUACAUAUGAGAACUCAUACAGGAGAGAAGCCAUAUAAGUGUUCAAUAUGCCUCAAAGGAUUCUCACACAAUGGUAAUUUAGUAACACAUAUGCGAAUUCAUACUGGAGAGAAACCAUAUCAGUGUUCAAUGUGUGUGAAAAACUUUUCACGAAAGUUUCAUCUAAUAUCACACAUGAGAACUCAUACAGGAGAGAAACCAUAUCAGUGUUCAGAGUGUCUAAAAGAUUUUUCACAAAAAUUUCAUCUAAUGUUACAUAUGAGAACACACACAGGAGAGAAACCAUUUCGAUGCUCAGUAUGCCAAAAAGACUUUUCUCAAAAAGGCGACUUAGUUGCACAUAUUAAAACUCAUGCAGAAGAGAAACCAUAUCAGUGUUCAUUGUGUCUUAAAGCAUUUUCUUAUAAGUCUAGUUUAGUAUCACAUAUGAAAACCCACAAAGGAGAGAAACAGAAUAAGUGAACUUUCUAUGUAACAUAAUUAUCUGAUAAAUAUUUCAUAA